AUGAAUUUGCACCAGCCAAAACUAUUAGCAUCAGUACCAAAAGGCGAUACCAAAAGGGAAUCAGCAUCUACCCGAAUAACAUCCUUACCUACGUGUAUCCAUUUAAUUAAGUUAUUACCAUCGAAUCCACUGGAAAAUCAUCUGUUACAUCCGCUAUCAAAUUAUGGGAGCCGAAAGAUUGGCAGACAAGAGCCAGUAUCUUAUCAUCAACAUCAACGAAUUGGUCAUCGUCAUCCAAGUUUUAUACGACGUCUUUCUGCAGCCAUACCAUCUCUUUCAACGGAUUCAAUGCCUCUUGCUGCAGUAAGUUCUUUGUUGCCGUAA